ACAAACUCCGGUCGAGGAAGAGUCAGCAGCGCAGAGAGAAGAAGAAGAAGAAUUUAACGGUUCCCGGUUGUUGACCCGCCCUGUCCCGUCCGCACGGUGCCGGUGCCGGUGGCUCACAGACAGUUCACGACCGUACUGAACCAACUCACCAGUCGAGCAGACAGCUGUUCCUCUCCUCACCGAGCUAACGCUGCGUUUUAGUUUCUCCCCUCGACGAGCAGCUAUGUGCUGACAACUAACCUCGUUAAGGAUCGCCACAGCAACCAAAGACAUUGAGGACCUCACUCGCAAAACUGGCAACUUCAAACAGUUUCCCAUUUUCUGUAGCAUGCUGGAAUCAGCUGUUAGAAAGACGAGUGAUUCUGUUACACUUGACCUCCUGACCUACGCUGACCUGGAGCUGCUACGCAACAGGAAGGCAGGAGUGGUCAGUCGACCUCGCGGCCAUCAGCAGUCGUCUGCUCUCACUGCCAAAAGAUAUCUAAUCCUCAUAUACACUGUGGAGUUUGACAGGAUACAUUACCCUUUACCGCUGCCCUAUGUGGGUAAACCUGACCCAGCUGCCCUGCAGAAGGAAGUCAGAGCUCUGCGGGCUGAGCUCAGCACUGUCACCUCUCAGGGAGUUAACAAAUCUGCAGAGCUAGAAGUACAGCGGCUACGAGCAGAGCUGGCUCUGGUGAAAGAAGAGAAGGAGGCCAUGGCUAAGGUCCUGGAGCGGCUGCAGAUCGGUGGAAGCGGUUCCUCACCUGGACAAGAGGACUGGAGGGUCAGAGAUGUGGUGAGGACGCUGGAGGAGCAGCUUGUAAAGGAGAGGGCCAAAAGUCAACGCUCAGCGAGCAAGAGAUGCCAGGAGCAGCGUCUCCUGUGUGAACAGUUGGAGGAGCUGAGAGCUUCAGAGUGCGCUCUCCGCGUUCGUGUCAAGAGUCUCACCAAUGAACUGGCGUUACUACGGAGAGGCAGAGUGACUCCUGUGUCUGCUCACAUCAGCUCUCGGGUUGACGGGGAGGUCUAUCGCUCGCUCUCCCGCGAGAGGAGGACGGGGUACGGCACGGUCAGGGCUCGCUCGGGUUCCAGAGAACGGAUGGAGGAAAGAGGGCAAAGGUCAGAGGAAAGAGGAAGAAGAGCAGACUCCUCGGGACCACGCGCUCGCAUACCCAGGCCGUCACCAUCUCCCACCGGUUCACGCGGACCCCGCUUUGACCCGACUGCUUAUAUCCAGGACAGACAGCGAAGGCUGAAAGAGGCAGAAGUCAAAAAGUUGGUUUCCAUUAAUUUUCCUGCAAUGUCCUCUGACAGCACGCCAGUGUUUGCAUCUGCUCCGAACAACAGUUUUAACCCAGUUUUCUGUGUCAGACAGAGGAAGGUACGUAGAGACAUGCUGACGUCACCCAUUGUCCCCGAGAGGGGCCGUUCACGUUCCAGAGAGGCCUAUCCUCAGAUGUCCCGGUCUGGCAGCAGAGGCAGGAGUUUAUCUGUGGAGCGGAGAGGGAGCAGGAACUCCUCUGAAAGCUCGUUAGUGGAUAUGGAGGAAAUGGCCAAAACUCUGUUCAGAGGAAGAAAACAGACUUACAAUGGACCCAGCGUGUCUAGAGGAAGCCUUCUGACCAGGAAACCACUAUGCAGUACUCCAUCACACAGAAUCAAAGACAAAGAGUGCUCCGUAGAUACUGGUGCUGAGCUGUCGGAGAUCGAUGCCAGGCUGCAGGCACUUCAGGAAUACAUGAGGGACCUGGAUACAGGGCACUAACAACCACUGCACAACCUGCUGCAUAUGUUACCUGACGACUGCACAGCUUGGAGCUCAGGCCAUCUUGUUUUCUUUCUUUGUGUACUGUGCACAGUCUGAGGGACACGUGAAGCGUUUAAGAGACUACAAGUCCCUCUGGAGGAUCAGCCUUCCAGGACUUCAGGGAACUACAGCCAUCAUCACUGUGAAAGACUACUUUUUUGUGGACUAAAAUUAUAAUUUUUUUAAUAUGCCAAGUUUUUUAUUAAUAAUUUAAAAGACGACUGUCGAGUGUAGUGUCAUCCUUUCUUUUUUACACCAUCUAGUUACAUGGAUGUAAAAUGUGGCAGUACUUGUUGAUGUUUUCUUUCCUUUUUAAAAAAAAUGUGAUGUUAUGAUUGACAGUAUGGGUUGUGUUCUUUCAUCCUCCAGAUCCUUUUUUUUUUAAAUGGUUGGUUAUCUAAAAAUGAAUUUUCUCCCUGUGUGCAUCAUCUCUACCUUUUUAUAAACACAUUGAAGUUAAACAGAAGCAUCCAUAACCAUAGACUGUUAAACCUGUGAUGGACUUUUGUCUCUUCCACCCAGUGCAUGCUGGGACACACUCAAUCUUGUUUACUCUGAAGGGCAACAAGCAACUAGAGGACAUGACUGACUGCAUGCUUGUCGUAGGAUUUGGUGUUUAAAUGUCAUUCCAGCCAAAGUCUGUAUUUUCCAUCUGCAUGUUGUAAUGUAUGUUCUCUUUCCUGCUCGACUUUAAACUACAGUGCAUUUUUAUAGUUUGACUUUUUAAUUAACUGAUCCGCAUACUGCAUUAAACAUUUUCUACUGUUUGAACCUAAGUGCACCAACUUUCCAUUAGAUGUUACAUCCCAUAAAUCCCAAUUUGUGUAAGGGAACAAUGCUCAUCAUCACACUGUUUUGGAUUGACUGUGUUGGUAUUUGUGUACACUAAUCCAUACUGUACCGUAUGAACACUGACGCCUUUUUUAUGAUAGUAAAACUGCCAAAUUUUGUAUGAAACCGCUGUAAGUGUGUGUGUUACUCACUUUUUCCCCAGUCUGAUGCCUUUUUGUACCACCUAAAAAUAUAAUUUAUAACAAACGUA